UUGCUGCCCCUAUGUCACCGAUUGUGACAUAGUAGAUCUUCCUGCAUGCUCAAGCAGAAACUCCUGCCUGUGGCUUAAGAAACUGUCACCAGAAUGCCAGCAUAGAUAUGCAGAGCUCUCUGAAGGGAAUCAUUUUCCUGUUACUACAUAAGGGCACUUCCAAUCAUGUCCGCUCUCCUGUCUUCUAUGGUUGCCCUGUUGCCAGGAAUGAUCCUCAUUUUUGGCUUGAUUGCUGUGUUCUGCGUCCUGCUUUUCGACACGAGACCUCAUGGGGGAACAAAGAUAGUCAGGAAGUGCAAUAAAUCAGGAAAGACUGAAUAUUACAUCUAUAAUGUAGUCACCAACCCAAAUGUAACUCAAGAAGGCACUGAAUUCGAUACAGCUGAUUUAUUAGCCAAGCUGGCCAAGGAGAUCAGUCCCAAUUCCAAUGUGUAUCUGAAGAUCUCUCCAAAAAAGCGGAUCUUGCCUGGCACCUCAUCAGAAGAGGAUCCUAGUCACAAUACAUGGCAUGUUCAAAUGAAAACUAAUGCCCUGGAGGACAGCAGUUCAGACGAGGAAAGUUAUGUUUUGACCUGUGAAAAGGUGAAUGACAACUGCUUCUUAAUGACAUACACUGACCAAAAUGAACCGACUGUCCAGAACUUGCAGGACAUUUUAUGGUUCCUCCUGGAGACAUUUUGUGGCACUUCCCAGAAGACAGGUUAUGUGAGAUCCACCAAUGUCAGUAGGAACAGAAAGACCAAGAGGGCGGCAAAAGCCAGGCCAAGAAGGCAGCAAAAGCAAAGCCAAAGAGAGUGAGCCUAUCCUGUUAUCAGUUUGGCAACUUGCCCUUCCACAGCAUUCAGUGGAAAAGAACCUGCUCUUCUUCGUCACCUAAGAACUAAGCUUUCUGGUGUCUUUCUUAUUGCUUCAUUAAAAAUUCACUAUGUUUAACACUCA